UGCAAUAACAGCCAUUGAGGCUACGAAGCACAUGUGUCGGGACUUAUUCAGCAAGCUACUUCUAUGUGCAAUCUGCCGGACUCUUAAUUGAUAAAAAGCUGCUCUAUUUUUUUAUAGGAAGUGUCUGGUUACAAGUACUUGCUACUUACUUGCGGAGAAACCUUUGCCGACGCUGAGAAAGGAAUCCAUUGUGGUUUGACGACCAAUGGAAAAGUCUCUUAAUGAGUUAGAGGGCAGUGCCACCGGGGAGUCCAGCCUUGGUCUGAUACCUGCUGAAGUCACAUCUCGCCCCACCUGGGGAAGCAAAGCACAGUACAUUCUCGCUCAGGUUGGCUUCUCUGUGGGUCUCGGCAAUGUGUGGAGGUUUCCUUAUUUGUGCCAUCAAAAUGGUGGAGGAUCCUUCCUUUUGUUGUACUUUUUGUUACUCCUCAUUAUUGGCAUACCCCUCUUCUUCCUGGAACUGGCUGCAGGGCAGAGCAUUCGCCAGGGCAGUAUCGGUGUCUGGAAACACAUAAGCCCUCGUCUGGCUGGCAUUGGUUUCGCUAGCUGUGUGGUGUGCUCCUUUGUAGCCCUGUAUUACAAUGUGAUCAUUGGAUGGAGUCUGUUCUAUAUGUUUAAUUCCUUCUACUAUCCUCUACCCUGGGAGAACUGCCCAAUGCUUCCAAACCAGACAGUGGAAGUGCCAGAGUGCGCCAAGAGUUCUCCCACUACAUACUUCUGGUACCGGUCUGCCCUAAAUAUAACCGAUUCCAUCGAAGGCUCUGAAAUGAAUUGGCCAAUGACUGGAUUCCUUAUUCUGGCCUGGUUCUUAGUUUGUGGUGGAAUGAUCAAAGGAAUCAAGUCAUCUGGAAAAGUGAUGUAUUUUAGCUCACUUUUUCCUUACGUGGUUCUGUUCUGCUUCCUGAUCCGAGGUUUUCUGCUAGAUGGAGCUGCAGACGGAAUUCGUAUCAUGUUUACACCAAAGCUGGAGAUCUGGAAAGAUGUACAAGUUUGGCGCCAGGCGGCAACACAGGUAUUCUUUGCCCUGGGCUUAGGCUUCGGAAGUGUGAUUGCAUACUCCAGCUACAACGACCGCUACAACAACUGCCACUUUGAUGCCAUUCUUGUUUCUUUCAUCAACUUCAUGACCUCUAUUCUGGCAACACUGGUGGUGUUUGCAGUUCUAGGAUUCCGGGCCAACAGGAUCGCAGAGAUAUGCGUUAAAGAAAAUGUAUGGAAAGUUUCUAACUUUUCCCUCAAUACAAGUGGUCCAGGGCUCUUGUUUCCAAGCGAGAACAUCACUGUUGCAGACUACAGCAAAUGGUAUGAGGAGGUGAAUCACCAAUUGCCAUUAGAGAAUCUUGGGAUAUCACACUGCAGAGUGGAAGACGAGAUGAACAAGGGUGUAGAAGGCACUGGGCUGGCGUUUAUUGUCUUCACUGAAGCCAUGACCCUCUUACCCGCUUCUCCAUUUUGGUCUGUACUAUUUUUCCUUAUGUUGCUGAACUUAGGACUUAGUACAAUGUUUGGAAAUAUGCAAGGAAUCAUUACCCCGCUGCUUGAUAAUUUUCCAAAAUUACUGAAGAGGAAAACGUUAUUCACAGUACUCUGCUGUGUAUGUGGCCUUUUAAUUGGUCUGAUCUUCGUACAGAGAUCCGGAAGCUAUUUUGUGAGCAUGUUUGAUGACUACUCAGCAACGUUGCCUCUCAUUAUUGUAGUUAUCUUUGAGAACAUUGCAGUAGCAUGGGUGUACGGAGCAGAUAGGUUCAUGGAGGAUAUUCAAGGAAUGCUUGGGUAUCGUCCUUGGAGAUUAUAUAAAUAUAUGUGGAAGUACGUCAGUCUCCUGGCUAUGAUGGGGCUUCUCCUUGCAAGUUUAAUUAGAAUGUGUAUCACACAGCCUACCUACCAAUCUUGGAACCAGGAGAAGGCAGAAGAAAUAAACUUGCAGUACCCAAAAUGGGCACUCGGACUCCUUAUCAGCCUGAUUGUUGUGGCUUCAUUACCCAUCCCAGUUGUGUUCUUGAAGGAAACUUUACAAGGCUGGUUAAAGAGACGGAGAACCAAAAUGUAUGGCCAGUGCGAAUACAGGCAGGGAAACGUAGUGGAUGAAAUCACGGGACCAGUAGACGAGACCAUAAUCAGUUCUGGUCAUGUUGGAAAUGGUUAUCUCCCAGUGGAGAUGGAAGACAUGGCAGAAAGGGGACAACUUCUUAACACUGCAGAAGAUGAAGCUGAGGAGGACACUAAUAAUGUACAUGGAUAAAUCUUACAAUAUUUUUGGGAGAAAUAAUUAGAGUACAGUAAAAAAAGUAGGAUUUGGUUUGUGGUUGACAAAAGCACUUUCUAAUAACGUGUCUACCUGCAAACGGUUCCAAGUAAGACUAGCCAGGGUUUUUAAUAGUAAAUCUCUGAUAGCCAACAAGGUCAAUACACAUGCCUUUUUUUGUUAAAAGGUUUUGUUCUACAAGAAAGGUGACUGUGCCAUGAUAAACAAAGGAGAUGUCUCUUCACCACCGUAGCUGCUUCCACCAGUAUUUUGAGUUCCUACCUCUCCUGCUGACUGAGUUUCCACAAAAGUCUCCUGCACUUUUCAUCUGAAAAUAAACGGUACUGACUUUUUGAGGGAAGAAAACUCCUUUUUCAGGAUUACACAAAAAAAAGCAUUGCUUUUAGCAUAGUAAAGUGAUACGAAUGAUCAUCUGAGGAGAUAAAACAAAGGGAAAAUGGAGUUAUGUUGGUCUAAAUGUUUUGCACUUUCAUUGGUCCAUCAAAGAUGUAACUGGAUCUAUUGAGAUCAUUACUGGAUCAGAGGUGGCAAUCUGCCUUUGAGUGUUGUUGCCAAUUCUUAUCUUUAUUAUGAGAGUUUAGCCACGCAUAAUAUGCGAAAUGGAACCCCAGCCUAUGACUAUUUAUGUUCCACAAUGUAAAAAUGUUUUACGCCCUGGAGGAACCUCUAAGAGGUCAAUCAUUGGUCCUAUUCCCAAAUGCUUGAAAGACAGAAUACUGUUACACCAUCUUUGGAUUUUGACAGAGAGAAAUAAGAUUUCUAUUGGUUUGUUUCUUAGCUGAAAUUAUAAGUCCAUCUCUGUUUUCCUGUUUUCUUGCUCCUGUCGAUGUAAAUACUUAUAUAUUUAUGUCUUUUCGUUUGAGUCUACAAUGUUCCCAUUGGACACAAUCUAUCAUUUUACAAGGUCAUAGAAUUGACCUAUUUCUCAAUGUACAAAUGUCUUUCUAAAAAGAAAAUAUAUUUAGAUUUGCAAUCAAUCUUUGUACCUUGCUAAACAUCUAGUCACUGGUUGCUAAGUUUGUAGCUCUGAUUAAUUAUUUUUAUUGGAUAUCAGAUUUACUCCCAAUUAUUGUAAGGGUCGUUCAUUAAACAGUAAAUUGUAGUCCACUGAAAACAUAAUUGCAAAAUUUAGGCCAAAAUCGAUGAUUUGGAAAAAUUUGCCAAAUCUAUAGUUACAGCUUGGCCUGAAUUUUUAGAUAUGGGUCUUCGGUUCCCUACAUUAAACUGUUUAGUGAACGAAUUCCUAAAAGUUGUGCGCAUGAGAUUGUAAAUAAUUAUACAUAUGUAUGAUCACAUGUGAGCAUUUCGGAUUGCUUAAUUGUGUAACACACACAAGUUGUAUAAUUAUAUGAUUUAAACUUUU